AUGUCACCUAGCUGCAAUGGAGGUGAUUCGGAGGUGCCAGAGCCGCCAGCAACGCAUCAUACAACAGCACUUACCUCUUCUCGCACUCUCAUCUGCCAUGCCCUCUUGACCAUUCUGGGUCUUUCUGGCGUGGCAUAUUUCACCAGCUCGCAAAAUUCAGGCCCUCGGCCACCACAGCCCAUUAGUUGUCAAUGCGGCUCAUCUGUUUCAGAAGCCCUCGAUCUUGGGUGCAAGUACGACACUCUCUCAGUUUCUUGGCUUCCGGACCAUUGCCGGGAAGACGAGCUGGUGGCCGAGUUUGAUCGCGCCGGUCCGAAUGGCAGUUGGCCCUACUACGCAGACAAAAAUGCAACUAUUCCCAUCACCAUUGAGACCAUCUCUCGUCUCGCCGACCUGCCGCAUGAACAGGCAAUUUUCUACACAUCAACAGGGUGGCAUAUUGCUCACUGCGCCUUUUACUGGCGCAAGGAGUUCAGGAUGAGGGCUAGGGGUCUUGGGACGGAAAGCCGGUACGACAAGGAAAGCCAUAUUGAGCACUGCUACGAGAUUUUCAUGUCAGAAGAUGCGCUUCACGAAGUUAACGUAGCCUCUCCAGUCUGGAUAGGUGGGGAUGGACAAGGCAAGCUACACAGCUCCCAUCAUCACGACGCUUGA